AUGGCGGAUAACACUCUUUUUGCUCGUGAGUUGUUGAGGGGCUAUAAUAGAAAGUAUAUUUCGCCUAGCUGUACUUUGAAGGUGGAUUUACAGAAAGCCUGGGACCCUUUGAAUUCGGGCUUUAUUCUUUCGGUCUUGAAGGUUAUGAGUUUCCUGAGCUGUUUGUCAAGUGGAUUGCUACUUGUAUCACUACUCCUUGAUUUUCCAUUUCUCAUAAUUGGGGGCUUAUUGGUUUUUUUUAGAGGGGAAAGAGAAAUUAGACAAGGAGAUCUCUAUCUCUUUGUGGUUGCAAUGAAUGCCCUGUCCAGGAUUUUAGAAGAGGUAGCUCAAUGUGGUGUUUUCAAGUAUCAUCCUAAAUGUCUCCGUGUUAAGCUUUCUCAUCUGUCCUUUGCAGAUGAUCUUCUUAUAUUUGCAAAGGGUUCUGUUGUUCUGUGUAUUUCUGAAGAGGAGAUUGAGCUUAUAAGAAGCAUUACUGGGUUCAAGAUUGGGCAGCUUCUUGUGAGAUAUUUGGGAGUGCCUCUUUGUAGGCAGUUUCUUCUUCCAAAAGCUGUUCUUAGGAAGAUCGCUCAAAUUUGUGUUCGAUUCUUUUGGAAAGUUCAGGAUUGUGCUGCACAUGGUGCUAGAGUUAGCCGGUUUUUGAUAUGUUCUCCUAAAUCAGAAGGUGGGCUGGGGUUAAGGGAUCUUGAAGUAUGGAAUAAUGUUUGCAUUUUGCAGCAUAUUCGAAGUAUCCUUGCAGAGGAAGGUUCUCUUUCGAUUGCUUGGAAUAAAGAUGUGCAACGAAUUCCUAUUAGCAGUAAGAUUGCUUCUUCAAGGCUGUGGGAGGAUAUUAGAGAUAAGGGGAGGAAAGUGUGCUGGCAUCGAUUGUUUUGGUUCUCUUUGCACAUUCCUAAGCAUUCUAUUGUUGCUUGGAUGGCAGAUUUGAAUUGGUUGCCUACCAGGGAUCGUUUAAGUUCCUUAGGUCUCAAUGUUGAUGGGCGUUGCGUGCUUUGUUCCUAA